GCCUGGCCGGGGCAUGCUCAGUAGCCGGCGGGAGCCGCGGGCGCGGGGGAGGCGGCGCUGACGCGGCGGCCCCCUCGUCUCUCCCGCGCCGGGCCGGUGCUGCGGGAGGCCGAGCGCCGCCCGGGGCCCGACCCCCGACCCGGGGUGGCGCUGCGUGGCGCGCCCGCUGCCCGCACGUCCAUGGUUUGCUCGGACCGCGAUGAGCCGCCCGUCCUCCGCCGGACCCAGCGCUAGCAAAGCCUGCGGCAAGCAGCAGCAGCACGCGCCGUCCCCGGCUGCUGCCCCCGCCGCCGCCGCCACCAUCUCGGCCGCCGGCCCCGGCUCGUCUGCGGUGCCCGCCGCGGCCGCGGUGAUUGCAGGGCCCGGAGGCGGCGGCGGCGGCGGGGGGCCGGUGUCGCCUCAGCACCACGAGCUGACUUCGCUGUUCGAGUGCCCCGUGUGCUUCGACUAUGUGCUGCCCCCCAUCCUGCAGUGCCAGGCGGGGCACCUGGUGUGCAACCAAUGCCGACAGAAACUGAGCUGCUGCCCCACGUGCAGGGGGUCCCUGACCCCGAGCAUCAGGAACCUGGCCAUGGAGAAAGUGGCCUCGGCGGUUCUCUUCCCUUGCAAGUAUGCCACCACAGGCUGUUCCCUGACACUCCACCAUACAGAAAAGCCGGAACACGAAGACAUCUGUGAAUAUCGGCCGUACUCCUGUCCAUGUCCUGGUGCCUCCUGUAAAUGGCAGGGCUCUUUGGAAGCAGUAAUGUCCCACCUAAUGCACGCCCACAAAAGUAUCACCACCCUUCAGGGAGAAGACAUAGUCUUUCUUGCCACAGACAUUAACCUUCCAGGAGCCGUCGACUGGGUCAUGAUGCAGUCUUGUUUUGGUCAUCACUUCAUGCUGGUGUUAGAGAAGCAGGAGAAGUAUGAGGGUCACCAACAGUUUUUUGCCAUCGUGUUGCUCAUUGGCACCCGCAAACAAGCAGAGAACUUUGCAUACAGACUUGAACUGAAUGGGAACCGUCGCAGGUUAACCUGGGAGGCAACACCCCGCUCUAUUCAUGAUGGCGUGGCUGCAGCCAUCAUGAACAGCGACUGUCUAGUUUUCGAUACAGCUAUAGCACACCUUUUUGCAGACAAUGGAAACCUUGGAAUCAAUGUGACUAUUUCUACAUGUUGUCCUUGAUCUAUUUGUGUAGUUAGUGAAACCUAGGGUUGUCUGGACAUAGCGCUUUACAUUUACUAAGGGUUUUUUAAUGGUAUUCAACUAUGUCUUCAUAUAUAUUAGAGCUCCUAAUUAGCCAACAUUUUUAACAACCGUCUCUUUGGAUUUAAAGUCAUGGUUAACCAGACAAGAUGAGCAAGUGUGUCCUGUUAGUAAUCUAAGCAGAAAAAGGGCUUUUAAAAUUCAUGGAUGCUUUUUUGAAGAUUUCUAUCCCCUUUUUACAAAAAGCUUCCAUUGGAUAUGGCUUUUUAAAAGACCUGAGGGACUGAAUUGCCCUCCAGUCUGCAACCAAAACUUGGGUUAGCAGGAAUUCACCAAGGGUAAAACAAAUGCCUCUUGCCUUGCUCUCCCUGAGGGACACAAGGAGAUCAAUAGGGAAAGACAUACAGCUUCAGUUUUGAGACCUGUGAGAUACUGACUCAGAAAGGAAUGCAAGGUACUUUGGUGCAGGUUCCCUUGCUGCUCCAAUUCCCUUUUCUUUAUUUUCUAAAAUGUUUUUGAAAUGAAGAAAGAGGAGAGAAGAAGGGUACUGGAUAACUUGCUGCAUCUUUAAAGGCCUGAUCCUGCAGUGUUGAGUCUCUUCAGCUUCCACUCACUUCAGCUAUUUGAAUGUACCCAGCACACUGCUCAGAGAGCCCAGUAUCAGGUGCCAGUAAAGCAGGAGACACUAUCUAAUAGCUCUCAAACAGCUAGGAGUUUAUAAUAUAUAGAUAUAUUCAGGCUGUUUACAUGUGGCUUUCCCUGGAGACAUACUUGAUUAUUGCUAUUGUAAAAGACUGAUUAGAAUAAUAUAGUGAAAGCUUUAUGGCCAGUGUCAUGUCAUUUGCUAUUUAAGUUUUGUUGCCAUAUUUACUUUAGUUUUUUAAUAAAUAUUUUGCAAAAACAGCA